UUCGAAGUGUUGCGCCGCCAUUGCGCCAUUAUCCGUCCGCGGUUCUGCGCUACACAUUCCGGAUAUUUUACCGAGAGCACGAUGUCUUCAGCGAGCGGUGACGAGGCCGAGGUCGAGCUGGCCGAGCCAGUGAGACGCACCAGGUCGGGUCGGACUCGAAAGACAGCGGUUGUGAAGACAGCGGCCAAGAAAUCGUCGGUGAAGAAGCUCCUCGCCCAGGCGACGCGCUCCCCGAGGAAGGUCCAUGAGAUCGAGGAGGUUGUUGAGGAAGAAACUACAUCUACGUUGGAAGAAGGCAUGAUGGAAAGUAUGCCCGAGAACGGAGUUCAACGUCUAGCGGACGUUAUUGUCGAGCAGCGCAGCGAGGAAGACACUCCUAUGUUGCACUUGGAAUUGGAGGACUCUGAAGAUGCUAAUAUACAUGAAAUAAAUGUGAAUCAAAAAGGCGAAGAAAUAGAGCAGGAUGAAGAAGACACGCGGCAUUCCAAUAUAAUUAUGGAAGACAGUAGCAUGGACAAGGUAGAGAUGCUGGCUGAACGUGAGGACAUUGAGAUGGAAGGUCAGGAUGUCAGCAAUGACGAUUCAAAUCAGCAACGCGUGCUGAUAGACUUUCAAGAAGUUAUUAAUGAAGACGGCAGUACGAUGACACAGGAGAUUCUAGAAGCGGAGGAGGUAGAUUCAGAGGACAUGUCCGCGCACACCGUUACCAGGAUCCAGGUUAUGGAAAUUGACGAAGGCGAAGAAAUGUCGCAGCAAGAAAUGUCUGAGGAUGUCGAGACACUGAUGGGUAAGGUGGAAGAACCAGAUAUGGAAGAGUUGCAGAGUGAUUCUCUGCCGCGUAUAGAAAUAACUGAAGCUGAAGCUGAAAACGAAGUCGUGCAGGAAUACAUAAAUGACGAAGAAGAAGAAGACACAAAAAAGACCGAGCCUGAUACGGAAGCUGUGUCAGAGGAUGAAUUACCGACCGAAGCCGCCGCCAAGGUCAGAAGCGAACCAGAGACCGAAGCAGUUUCCGACGAAGAGCUGCCGGUUGCUGCUCCAGCAGACCUAGGUGAAACCGAAUCCGUGUCCGAAGAUGAAUUACCACCGGAUAGUGACAAAAAGAAAAAGAGUGCGGCGAAGUUGAACAAAACACCGGAGAAGAAAACCAAAGCGGAAGCCGGAACCAAACGUAAAUUGAACGCGGAAGGAGAAUACGAUCCCAGUUCUCCGACGUCUGAGAACAAUGACGAGGCACCAGCAAAGAAGGUCGCCUUGUCGAGCGAUGCGGAGGUGGGAGAUAAGCAAGAGAUCAAGCCAGCAUCGCCGAAAAAGAAAACGUUGCCCGAACUAGAAAAAUAUUGGAAAGCCGUUAAUGAAGAUCCAUCUGAUUUCACUGGAUGGACAUAUCUCUUACAAUACGUGGAUCAAGAAAACGAUGCGGAGGCUGCGCGCGAAGCUUACACCAAAUUCUUGGAGCGUUAUCCAUAUUGCUACGGUUACUGGAGAAAGUUCGCCGAUUACGAGAAGAAGAAGGGCAACCCCGAAAAUGUCCAAACGGUGUUCGACCAAGGUCUGAAAGCUAUUUCGCUAAGCGUCGAUCUCUGGCUCCAUUACAUCAACCACUGUAAAACCGUUUACGAAAAAGAUGAAGAGAAGCUCCGUGAGCAGUACGAACGAGCCAUACAAGCUUGCGGGCUUGAGUUCAGAUCAGAUCGUCUCUGGGAGAGCUACAUAAAGUGGGAGUCAGAAGCAAAACGCUUAAGCAGGGUGACAGCACUGUACGAUCGUUUACUGUCGACACCUACUCUUGGUUACACCUCCCACUUCGAAGCCUUCCAAGAAUUCGUAUCAUCCAACUUGCCGAAUCGUAUCCUAAGUGUGGACGACUUCCUCGAGCUACGCGCCGAAGUAAAGGCCCUACUCAAAUCAGACGACGCCACCGCGGCAUCCGCGGCUGAUGACGCACCGCCCGGUGAAGAACCGCCACCCCACGAGGUACCACCCACUGACGAGGAGACCCGUGCCAUCCGUGAGAAGAUCAUUAGCAGCAGGCGUAAAAUGCACAAAGCAAACGUCAAUGCGGUGGCAGCGAGAUGGUCGUAUGAGGAAGGGAUAAAGAGACCAUAUUUCCAUGUAAAACCAUUGGAACGGUGUCAGUUGAAAAACUGGAAGGAGUACCUAGAUUUCGAGAUUGAACAAAAGGAUCAGAAUCGAAUAAUCAUUUUAUUCGAGAGGUGUCUUAUAGCUUGUGCACUUUAUGAUGAAUUUUGGAUGCGAUUUGUGCGUUAUUUGGAAUCGCUGAAGGGAGAUAACACAGAAAAGAUCCGCGAUGUAUAUUCGAGGGCUUGUAUGGUACAUCAUCCAAAAAAACCAAACUUGCAUUUGCAAUGGGCUAUCUUUGAGGAGGGUCAGGAUAACUUUGAGAAAGCUGCCGCCAUAUUAGAGAAUAUUGAUAACGUAUUGCCAAAUAUGCUACAAGUAGCAUAUCGACGAAUAAACUUAGAACGCCGCCGUGGAGACUUGGAGAAGGCGUGUACCUUAUAUGAGAAUUACAUUAGUAAUAGCAAGAACAGGACGAUCGCUAAUAAUAUUGCUGUAAAAUACGCGCGAUUCCUGUGUAAAGUCAAGGAUGAUGUUGAGCGGGCAAUUAAAGUAUUGAUGAAGGCCACAGAUAAAGAUAAAGACAAUCCCAGGCUGUACCUGCAAUUAAUAGAUUUGGCAAUGCAACGAACGCCAGUUGACACUCAAGAAAUAGUAGGCUACAUGGACAUGUUCAUAGAAAGAGAACACGCAGAUCUUGAGCAGAGAGUGCUUUUUGCGCAACGUAAAGUAGAAUUCCUGGAAGACUUCAGCCCCGACAUCCGGCAAGUGUUGAAGGCUCACGAACAAUUCCAGAAAUGCAUCAAGCAAGCGAAAGAGAGGAAAAAGACGAAGGGUGACGACAACAAAACCGAUUCUUCGCCUCCGAAGAAGAAAGCCGAUCAAUCAAAUGUGCCACCAUCACCGUCCGUGGGCUCGCAGUCUUCAUACCAGUACAGCAGCGGUCCAAGCGGGCCUUAUCAGUCGCCACAGCAGUUUCAGGGCGGGCAGUACGGCGGUCAGGGUGGUUAUCAACAAGGUUACCAACAAUACCCACCUCCAUCAGAUCCCAAUUAUGCUAACUACCAAAAUUGGCAGUAUGGACAAGGCGGCCCACAGGCUUACGGACCUUAUAAUCAGUGGGGAUCUUACAAUUAUUAUUAAUAUCGGUCACAUAAUCGCCUCUAAGACUAUCAUACCAUUAAAUGUGUCCUACUGUACAUUCUCUAGCGUUUUAUUCUACCGAUUUCGAAGCAGACGAAAGAAUUAUUAAUUGUUUAAGCAUCUUGGUAUCUUGACAUGUGAGAGCUUAUAUGCCAAGCGUUUCUCUCUAUAUAUAAAUCAGCAAUUGAUACCUUGCAUGGAUAUUUACUGUAUGUAUUGAAUAAACUGUAUAUCAUUAACACAGAACUUUACUUCUGGCACUCGUUUAUAUUGCUAUUUUAUGUUGCACUAAAAAAAUAUUAAUAAUCGACUAAUAAUUCUAUUGCAGUUUUUAUUUUAGAAACGAUUCAAAUCAUACUUACUGGAAUAUUUUAUAUCAGGAAAAAUAUAUUUAAAAAAUGCCAGCUAAAGGUAUAAAAUAAUUCACUGAGAAAAUGAAUGAGUAAAAUUCCUGCUACUGGUGUACAGUUUUCCUAGAAUCCUUUCUCUUUGUGUGUUCACAUAACUUCAAAGCGUUGCGGCUUUAUAGCAUUAAAUGUGCAGAAAUGGAUUUCACAGAUUACAUCCAUAAUUCUUAAUAAAUUAUAGAUUUCGAAAUUAUUGCAUAAUGUCAACGAAGUUACAUGAAGUUUAAGAAAUGUGCUGUGUUACGACACACUACAUCAUGUUGGAUAUAUUAUGAUAUAUAGCAGAUCCAAAUUUGUAUGUCAUUGUCGAUUUAUAUAAAUCGACAGACUUACUUACUUUUCUCGAAGAAAUCGUGAUCGUCGCAUAUUGUAAUCCUUUAUAUUCCUUGUUAAAUUUGUUCGCUCCAUUUUGGAAUUACUUUUUUAAACAAGUUCUGUUCAGCAAAGGAUAUUAAAAAAUGUCCUUCGUUAAUGUUGAAAUAAGUAUUCUGUAUUGCUUCGAACCUAUGAUUUCUUUUUAUUGAAGAUUUGUUGAAGAUUUGACACGUAGAAUAUACGAUUACAUUUCGAUGAUAUUCGGUAAGUAUCGCAAUGCGAUUUAAUGAAAAAUUCAAUAUAAAAAUAAAUGAUUUUUGAUUAUUUGAAACAAUAAAAUAACAAUUGCUUUUA